AUGACGGGCGUGACGAUCGUCAACACGAGCACGAAGCCGACGACCGCUACACCCGCGCUGGAGGGCAUCGGGGGGACGACUAUCGUCAUAGCGAGAGCUAUCGAGGAGACCGUGCAGACCAAUACCGGAGUGAUGAUCGGUACGCGCGAGAUCGCUCACGGGGACGAGAGGACCGCAGGGAAGACGAGAGAGGAGGGCGAGAUGAAGUCCGUCCCCGCAGCCGAGAACGCAGGCAAGAGGAUCACCGCGGGCGAGAACGCAACACUGAUCCUCGACGCAGCGGCGGCGGCCGUGGCUUCCAAAGCAAAGGGCGGGAUGGAGAUCGCGGCGGUGGCGGUCGUGGCCGACAAAGACCAGGAGUGGAGCGGCGAUACGAGUGGAGUGGCCGUGCAGAGUCCCAAGCUGUUUCGUCGGAUGAUGCAGAUUUACAAAAAGGAGUGCAGCUGUGCCACCGCCCAACAACUGCAGCUCGGCAAGGCUCGCGCGUGUAUCAAUGCGAUAUAUGGGCCUCCGGGAGAUGCUGGAUCGGUUGAGCCCGGUGAAGUUAAUGCUAGGGGAACAACGCAGCCUGGUCCACCGGUUAAAGAUGAGCGAUCAGAUCGUCCGAUCCCGAAAGGUGUCGUGACGAGCGCAAUUAGCGGAGCUUUGGAGCAGUACAAGCCCGUAUUCGAGGGUCACCGAGUCGUCCAUGACGGUGCGGCAACGCUCUAUUCGCCGGCCAUGUUCUCGUGGCACGCGUACGAGUUUAAGGAUUCGCGCAAUUUCCGUGGCCAGACGUUCAUUGUUCAGAUCAAGUUGUCAGCAGUGAUCGACACUUCAGCCAUGGACACUUACUUGGCGGACCCCAAGGUGGAUGUGCAGCCGCUUCUCCACGCUCUCGACGCCGUGGCGCGUUACCAGAGUUCCCAGAAAUUAAUUACCGCGGGCUCGAAGCUGAUCACGACGACGCAGACUAAAUCCUUAUCAAGUGGGAAGGAACUGUGCUGGGGAUACCGCCAAACUCUGCGGAUGACAGAACGGAAGUUGCUGCUGAAUGUGGACCAAACCACGAGAAUCUGCUACGCUGAGGGCCCGCUCGAAGAUCUAGUGGCGAAAGCUCUGUCCGUACGCAGACUCGAAGACAUCCGCCGCCUUUCAGAGCAAGAAGUGAAGAAACUAGCUCGCGUGCUGCGAAGGAUCAAGGUCGAGCCGACUCACCGCUCGGAGCGCCCGCGACCGAUUAAUGGCGUGAGCUCCCAACCAGCCGACAUGACCAUGAUCACGAUCGAAGAAACGGAGAUGUCGGUCGCUGCCUAUUUCCUUGGGCGGUACAAGUUGAAGCUGCAGUGCCCGACGUUGCCCCCCGUGAAUGUCGGCGGCAGACGUCCUGACACGGAGACAUGGCUACCAAUCGAGCUGUGCAGGGUGACAAAAGGCCAGCUCUGCCAUGACGAGGACGAGAGCGACGCGAGAGAGACCAUUCGCAUGAGCAGCCAGGAUCCGAGGACGCGCCAAGCAAACAUCGCAGCUCGGGUUCGCGAAGCAGAAUUCGACAAGGAUCCGUACAUGGCUGCGUUUGGCUUGGAGGUAGACGAGCGCUUCCAGCGCACGAGAGCUCGGGUGCUAGACGCUCCGGACGUUCAGUACGCGAACGUCUCGGAGCAGCCUUCGAGUGGUCAAUGGAAUUUUGAGAGGCAAGCGGAUGAUAAACUUGACUACUUUCUGGAUCGGCUGACUGCGGUGGGGGAAAAGCAUCGACUCGUCUUCUCGAAGCCCAUUCGGAUCCAUUACAAUGAGUAUGACAACAUGCCGCUGGACAGCCUGGUAACCUUCUGCUAUGAAGAGCUGACGAGACGUGAAAACGAGCACGGACCUCCGCAGCUCUUAAUGGUGGUGAAGUCGGACAACAACUCGGAGGAGUAUGGCCGGAUCAAGUACAUUUCCGACACUGUGCUGGGACUGCCAAGUCAAUGCGUGGUAGCUACGACGCUGCUCAAUUCCAAUGACCUGGCCCAGAUCUGCGGUGGUUUGUGCCUCAAGGUGAAUCUAAAGCUUAACGGCAAGAACGCCGUUUUGCGACAGCCACUGCCGCUCGUAAGCUCGUCCCCCACCAUCGUGUUCGGAGCCUGCGUGGAGCACCCUCGACCGGGAAUGGACAAGCCGUCGAUCGCUGCUGUCGUGGCGUCCAUGGAUCGCUACUCUGCUCACUAUGUGUCGCGAGUGGCGGCGCAGACUUCCUCCAACGACGUCCAGCACCUCCCGCGCAUGCUGCGCGAGCUCUUUCUGGCAUAUUACCAGAGCACCGAGCGCGAACCUGAGCAUAUCAUUUACUACCGUGAUGGAGUGGACGAAGGCCGGAUGGAGGACGUUCUAAAGGGAGAAGUUAGCGCUAUUCGCAAGGCUUUCAUGAUGAUUUCGACCGGGAAGGCGCCGCCGAUCACUUUCAUCAUGGCCAACAAGCGCACCAGUCUGCGGUCGUUUCUAGUGAACCCUCGAGACGGCGACAAGAAGGGCAAUGUGCGGCCAGGUACUGUGAUCGACACGGGGGUCGUUGAUCCGCAUCGCUUCGACUUCUACUUGUACGGGCACAGCAGCGCUCAAGGCACGAGCGUUCCGUGCCACUACACGGUGCUGUUCAACGAGAACAACCUGUCAGCGGAAGACAUCCAACGGCUGACCUACCACUUGGACUUCACGUCUCCGCGCAGCACGCUCGGUCGCCACACCCGUCAAAUCUAUCAACAAGAAAGUGGAGACGGCGGAUCGGCGACGGGCUCCGACAGCAUUUCGACCGCGUCGGCGUACGAGUUCGCAGAGGUGCACGCAGACGUCCGCAACCGCAUGUACUACACGUGA